CUGUAUUCAUAUGGGUUGAAUACAGCAGCUCAGCUUUCAGAUGAAAUCAAGUUAGCAUCACAGAGUAUUCAUUAUAUGCUUGAUCUUUUGCUUUCAUCUGAGAACUCAACUAUUCUCUAGAGGGGCAGCAGUAUUCCUGACCAGACUCCUGUGGGCUGCAGGUCCACCUUUCUAAGGAUCAGAGCAUGAAAGAUGUUUUGUUUGGUUGAAGACAGAAGUACAGCCUUGUCUUGCUGGGACAGACAAAGCCUGUUUUCACUGCCUAUGGUAUCUAUUUUUCUGUUUUUGUGGGACUGUUCAACUUUUCUUCCAUAAUUCACAGAUAUAAAAAACCAGUCAUUGUAAAAACUCAUUAUUUCAAGACAUAGUUGCAAACAUGAAUAUUUAUAUUUCUAAACAAUAGAAAUUUAUAAAUCCCAGUGAAAAACUUAAUCCUGUACCUAUUUGAACAAAAAGUGCUGUCCUACACCUUUUGUGUUUUAAGAACAGAAAGUAACACCGUCCCCUUUCAGCCAUUUCUGUAGUACUUGUGAGGGUACCUCUGUUAGGAGGGAUUUGUGCUGUACCUAUUCCCGCCAGGAACAGAAGGUCUCUGGAGGAUCUAACAAUUGGGAACUUGCUUUAAGUAAACUGAAUUCUGUUAAAAUUGGAAGGAAGGGGAAAGGAGGAAGAAAAAUAGAUGAAUCUGGGUAAACACCACACAAUAGAAUUAAUGACAAGCAGGCAGGCAACAGGAUGGAGCUGAAGCCCAGCCUCCGGAUCCCUAACUCAUCACAUGCUGCUGGAAAACACCAGACGAACACAGGGGAAAGAGGCUGAAGUUACUGUCCCAUACACAUUUCAUCAGGAGCAUUCAGACAAAAUCAGCUUGAAGAAAAAGAUGUGUUAAAGAGUUUAAUCUCUUGACAGAGCUACAAGUAGCCUUUUUCUGAAGAAUGGCAUUGAGUGACCUUCUUUACCCAGACAAUCCCAAGAGAAAGCAAGAAUUGAUCCAUUUGCAUCAGAAAUUGCUUGAGUGCAUGUCCACAAAUUUCCGUGCAACAAAUGAGCUGGUUGGAGUGCUGAAUGAACACCUGGGCUGCACCAUUUCCCACAUUCAGAUGAGAGAGAGCAGUACUGUCAAGGAAAACUGUGACAUAAUCAUUCAAGUGAUGAGUGAGAUUCAGCAUCAGGUACAGAAGAUUGAUAGUGACAUGAAGGAAAAGCUCGAGCCAGUGCUGUACCAGAAGCUAUAUGACAUCAAAGAGCCUGAAUUGGAGAAAAUUGCAAUAGCUCAGAGAGUUUUUUCCAUUAUUCUUGGAGAAGCAACUUCAACAGCUGGGAUGGUAGCUAUCAAACUUCUUGGCUCCAAUCUUUUAACUUUCACUGUGAGCAAGCUCAUCAGUCUCCUUGCACAGAUUGGGGCAUCUGUUCUUGGGGGAAUUAGCAUUACCAUUAUUGGCCUUGGCAUUGAAAUGAUCCUCCAUGCCAUCCUGGGAGCUGUGGAGAGGAAUGAGCUUCUGACAGCUGUGAGAAGCUACGAGAAGCACCUGGCUGAGUUUAAAGCAGCCUCAGAAAAGUACCAGCGUGCCAUACAUGAAGUGACUUCUUUGGUGAGACAACAAGUUCAGUGAAUGAAGUCAGACCUCUCUUCUCCUGUGACAGUGGCUGCAGCAGCUAUGCCUGAAGUAACCUUUUUGAUUCAUUAUUGCAAAUGAACUACUGAUGGCUUUUUUUUCUUAUUAGUGGCAGCAGAGCAAGAGAUGUGACAAUUUUGGGAACUGGCAAUGAAAUAUAUUAAUAGGAAACUGGCUUAUAGGUGUUUCUGAGAGGCAAUGUUUCAGAUACUUUGUACCUUUCCUUCACUAUUUUCUGGAAUGCAUUGUAGAUAACCUUGAACUGUAAUUCAUACUAGUGGCAAUAAUACUCAUUGCUGGAGCAGUGGUGGUGAGGAGUUGUGAUUUUUCUCUAUGUUUCUAUAUACAUAUACAUAUAUAUACAUUUAUCAUAUACAACAUGAUGGGAGAAAACAAUUUCAACAAGGCAAUCCAUGCCAACGUCUGGAGGCUUCAUCAGGACAGCUGUGGUUGCUAAACUCUUAGUGUGGAUUAGUGCUAAAUCUGAUAAACUGGAUUCCCUGUUCACUGAACUACUUAAAAGGACUAGCUGAAGCAUAUUUAGCUGCUAUUUCCUGUCCCAUCCCUGCCUAAGGAGCCAGCCAGAGAUCUUUAAAUAAACUCUAAUCCCAGUAGAUUGGCAGGUAAGAGAAGCCUGGGCCUACAGGCACACACACACAACCUGGCCCCACAGCUGAGAGAAACCAGCUGCCACAUUCCAGGUGUGCCUGGCUGUGAAUAACCUCUUAUGCUUGGUAAUGCUCUGCUCCUGCAAACCCACAAGUAAAAACUUCUUUGCAAAGCUGCUGUUUUGUUUAUUGAAAUGGAAUCAUACAAAUGUACAAGUGCCUGUAGGAUUGCAGCCCUAUUAAUGCACUGAAGUUAUUUUCGAAUGCUUUACCCAGUCCCACUAAUGUGAGACUGCCAAGAGUAUGCUCAGAUUCUGUAUUUCACAAUAUGCUACCAAAUGUCCUUAUUUUUCGGAUUUUAAAACAAAAGCUGGAAAGAAGAACAUGAUUUUUAGUUUCUUGCUCUGAUUUGCUGUGGAUUGCUUUCUUUUGAUUUUAGAAAAAAAAGGUAAUUUAAGAUUUAAUAAAAAUGUGCAUAU